AUGGCGAUCUCACAGCGCGUUGUUAUUAUUGGAGCUGGAAUUGUAGGUGUGAACCUUGCUGAUGAGCUGGUCUCCCGAGGAUGGAAGGAUAUCACGGUAGUUGAGCAAGGACCGCUCAACAUGCCUGGUGGUUCGACUUCGCAUGCACCCGGCCUCGUAUUCCAGACGAACCCUUCGAAAACGAUGACAAGACUUGCGAAGUACACAGUGGAGAAGUUGCUCUCACUCAAGAAGGAUGGACAAGGAUGUUUCAACCAAUUGGGCGGCCUCGAGGUUGCAACAACCCCGGAGCGAUUAGAGGAACUCAAGCGCAGACAUGGCUACGCUACUUCUUGGGGCAUUGAGGCGCGACUGGUCAGUGGGGAAGAAUGUAUACAGAUGUACCCUCUACUCAACAAGGAGACGGUACUCGGCGGUUUACACAUUCCCACCGAUGGGCUGGCUCUGGCGGCACGAGCCACGCAGUUGCUCAUAGAACGGACACGCGAGGCGGGCGUCCGCUAUCUUGGUAACACACCCGUGACGGAUAUAGAAAGAUCGAACGGGCAUGUCACUGGCGUUACAACUCCAAAUGGAUCUGUACCAGCCGAUAUUGUUGUUUCCUGUGCCGGUUUCUGGGGUGUCGAGAUCGGAGCCAUGGUCGGACUGCAAGUACCGCUCCUUCCCCUGGCACAUCAGUAUGCCAAGACGACAGCUCUUCCAGGUCUCAGGAAUCGCGAAGUCAACUCCAGAAUAAACGGAAUGAACGCCACACUUCCCAUAUUGCGGCAUCAGGAUCAAGACCUCUAUUACCGUGAGCACGGUGACCAGUUCGGUAUCGGCUACUACGGCCAUCGACCCAUGCCUGUGGUCGCUGGAUCCCUCGGUCUAACUCCAGAGCACGUAGACGAGAAGAAUAUGCCAUCUCGUCUUGAUUUCACUUCCAGAGACUUUGAGACUGCAUGGAACGAAUCCGAGAAGCUUUUGCCUGCACUAAGGGAAACGCACAUAGCUGAUGGGUUUAACGGUAUCUUUUCAUUUACUCCGGACGGCGGGCCCAUCAUCGGACGAGCGCCGGACCUGGAGGGCUUUUAUGUUGCAGAAGCCGUAUGGGUGACACAUUCGGCCGGCAUUGCGCAAGCUGUCGCACAAAUUCUCACUACAGGCCGGUCUGAGAUCGAUGUUGGGGAGUGUGACAUUUCAAGAUUUGAAGAGAUCCAGCUAAGCCGCGAAUACGUCUCCGAAACCUCACAGCAAAACUUUGUCGAAAUCUACGACAUCAUCCAUCCUCUUGCCCCUAAGGUCUCGCCGCGAAAUCUACGCAUCAGUCCUUUCAACGUUCGGCAGCGGGAAUUGGGCGCAUAUUUCCUCGAAGUUGGCGGUUGGGAGCGGCCUUUCUGGUACGAGGCCAAUGCGGAACUGCUCAAGUAUCUGCCUGCGAAAUGGCAGCCAGUCGAACGCGACGCAUGGUCUGCGCAACAUUACUCCCCGAUCUCCGCCGCAGAAGCCUGGAAAACUCGGAAUGCGGUUGCGAUGUACGACAUGACUGCGUUCCAUCGAUUCGAGGUUUCCGGUCCUGGCGCCUUGCAUCUACUUCAGCGUCUGACUACGAGUGACCUGAAGAAAGAGCCAGGCUCGAUAACUUACACUCUCUUGCUUGAUGACGCAGCUGGAAUACGUGGAGACAUCUUUGUUUCCAGGAUAGAAGAUGAGGUGUUCCAGAUUGGCGCCAACUCUGCCACCGAGUUUCACUACCUCUCCCGCGAAGCUCGUUUCCAGCGGCAACAAUCUCCCAGUCAGUGGGUACAGGUUCGCGAAAUCACCGGAAGCACUUGCUCCAUUGGUCUCUGGGGUCCACGCGCCCGAGACGUCAUCGCUGGUGUAAGCACAGAUGACUUCUCGAAUAAGGGCCUUCCAUAUUUCGGCGUCAAGAAGGUCCACGUUGCCGGAAUCCCAGUGCUUGCCUUCCGAAAAUCGUAUGUUGGCGAGCUAGGAUGGGAGCUCCAAACGAGUGCGGAACUUGGGCUCCGGUUGUGGGAUGCGAUUGCCCAAGCAGGAAAGCUUCACGGCAUCAUUGCGGCAGGUCGCGCAGCCCUCAACUCGCUGCGUUUGGAGAAGGGUUACCGAAUAUACGGGGCCGAUAUGGGCACUGAGCAUGAUCCACUUGAGGCUGGUGUCGUCUCGGCUGUUGAUCUGAAGAAAAAAGAUGAUUUCGUUGGCAAAGCAGGCCUCUCACGGCGGCCCAAGACACCUGCUCGACGACUCCGGUGCCUUGCUAUCAACGACGGUCAAUCAUUGGUCCUCGGUAAAGAACCUGUGUUCUACAAAGGCAAAGCCGCGGGCUACAUCACCACUGCUGCUUUCGGUUUCACUGUGGGUAGACCCAUUGCAUACGCCUGGCUCCCCGGCAGUGUGAGCUUAGGUGAGACUGUCGAGGCCGAAUACUUCGGCCGCCAUAUUGCAGCUACUGUCGUGGCUGAGCCGUUAUACGAUCCUCGAAACAGCCGUCUUCUCGACGACAGACCGCCACUUCAAUUGGAGAUACAAGCACCAUUGAGGUCUCGCCUAUGA